UCGGCUCCCGCGCGCGCGCGCGCUGGGGGAGUGGCGCUCCAAGGGGCCCCUUCCGCGAUGUGGACCUCGGCUCUCCCCAGCUUGGCCUCUUCCUUCUUUCUGCCCACUCUAGUAGUAAUUGAUUCCUUUCCUGGGUUGGUUUUCCCCUAGGGCCUCCAGACUUGACUUUGCCCCAGCAUGUCUUCCCUCGGGGCGCCGUGGUGGCAUCAUCACGCUGGAGCCCUGUCCGGGUGAAGACCCCAUUCGUGGUGACUCUCCAGCCCCGCUACCAUGAACGGGGUCCUGAUCCCACACACGCCCAUUGCCGUGGACUUCUGGAGUCUGCGCCGGGCGGGCGGCGCGCGGCUCUUCUUCCUGUCCCACCUGCACUCGGACCACACCGUGGGCCUGUCUAGCACUUGGUCCCGGCCCCUCUACUGCUCCCCAAUCACUGCCCACCUCUUGCAUCGUCACCUACAGGUGUCUAAGCAGUGGAUCCGAGCCCUGGAGGUUGGUGAGAGCCACGUAUUACCUCUUGAUGAAAUUGGACGAGAGACCAUGACCGUAACCCUCAUGGAUGCCAAUCACUGCCCUGGCUCAGUCAUGUUUUUCUUUGAAGGAUACUUUGGAACAAUUCUCUACACAGGUGAUUUUCGGUACACACCAUCCAUGCUGAAGGAGCCAGCCCUGACACUGGGGAAACAGAUCCAUACUUUAUACCUGGACAACACCAAUUGCAACCCAGCCCUGGUCCUUCCUUCCCGGCAAGAAGCUGCUCAUCAAAUUGUCCAGCUCAUUCGAAAGCACCCACAACAUAACAUAAAGAUUGGACUGUACAGCCUGGGAAAGGAAUCAUUGCUGGAGCAGCUGGCCCUGGAGUUUCAGACCUGGGUGGUAUUGAGUCCUCGGCGCCUGGAGUUGGUAAGGCUGCUGGGCCUGGCUGAUGUGUUCACAGUGGAGGAAAACGCCGGCCGCAUCCAUGCUGUGGACCAUGUGGAGAUCUGCCAUUCUGCCAUGCUACACUGGAACAAGACUCACCCUACCAUUGCUAUCCUUCCCACAAGCCGGAAAAUCCGUAGACCACACCCUGACAUCCACAUCAUUCCUUAUUCCGACCAUUCCUCUUUCUCUGAGCUUCGUGACUUUGUUGCAGCACUGAAGCCUUGCCGGGUAGUGCCCAUUGUCAGUCGACAGCCCUGUGAAGACUAUUUUCAGGAUAGCCUGAGCCCCAGGCCCUCCAUGCCCAUGAUUCCAGACUCUGUGCAGCAGUACAUGGGCUCCUUCCCUAGGAAACCAAGUACUCUCUGGCUCUUAGAAAGGAGGCUAAAGAGGCCAAGAGUCCAAGGUGUUAUGUUUGAAUCUCCUGAGGUAAAGGCUGGUCAAUCUCAAGCUGACAGGGACUCAAAGAAGACCAAGAAAGAAAAGCUUUCACCUCGGGCUGGGAACCUUGAGAAGUCCUCCCCCCAUCCUCUGAAGGUCAAGAAGCAGUUGUUCCCAGACCUCUGCAGCAAAGAAUGGGCUGAGGCAGUCCCUUCCUGUGAGUCCCAGAAGAUGGUAACUGUGUUGACUGCUCCCUUAGGAUUUUCAGUACAGUUAAAAUUUGCAGAUGAGGAGUUUCUCUCUCCCGAAACCAGGGAGGAAAUUGGCUUAGGAUCUCCCUUGAUACCUAGGGAAGACAGUGAUGGUCCAGCAGCUGCAGGGAACCAAAGUGCCUGGAUAGGCCAUGGUUCUCCCCUUUCUCACAGCAGCAAGGCUGCCCCUCUUCUAGGUACUGAGUCCAGGGGCUUGUCACUAAAAUACCUUCUGACUCCAGUGAACUUUUUCCAAGCAGAGUUCUGUUCUAGGAGUUUUGACCAACAAGUGGAAAAAUAUCAUAAACUCUUGAAGUAUAGACAGGAGAAUCCAGACUGAUAGCCCUGUUCGAGCCAACACUGCAGUU